GUUUCGGAAGUGGACAUGCAGGCCGGAGAAGGAAUCGAAGGAAAAGGGCGGAGGAGAGGCAGCUACCGGGGCAUUGAGUAAAUGAUAAACCACCGUGACUUUUAGCGGAAGCACCAUUUAGACAAAAAUAAAGUCAGUAUUGCAGGCUUGACAGGCCAUUUGAAUCUCUCCGGUGAACGUCAUAUGACCAUAAGGUGCCUUUUUACUCAGAUUCUACAAGAGAACAGCAGCUCCUGUCCUUCAGAAGAGUCCGUCUGACGUCACAGGCUUGGCGGCGAAUUGGAGUUACAGGGGACAUGCAUCAGGGGUGAGGGGGCUUCGCUGCGGGACACACACACAGCGUCGGGUGAGGAGGGGUGAGGAGAUGAAGCUCAAACAGCGCGUGGUGGUGCUGUGUGCCGUGCUCCUCCUGCUGGGCUUGGCCAAGAUCUUCCUGCUGGAUGGAGGCGAGGGAUCUGUGGCCAGCCGACGAGACCUGAGAGCGUUUCGCAAGAUGGAAGCUGGCCUCACGCUGUCUCGGGCGGCCCGCCUCACCCACACUCUCCAGUCUCCGUGGGAGAUAGCGAGCCAGUGGGUGGGCCCCAGAGAGGUUUACCCCGAGGAGACCCCGGAGCUGGCUGCUGUGCUCAUGGCCCUCAGCAGUGCCAGGGUAGAGCGAGCAGACGUGGGCUAUAAGGGCACGCAGCUCAAAGCCCUGCUGGUGCUGGACGGGGGGCAGAAAGUGGUCUUCAAGCCCAAGAGAUAUACCAGAGACUACGUGGUGGAAGGCGAGCCAUACGCAGGGUAUGACCGACACAACGCAGAGGUGGCUGCUUUUCACUUGGACAGGAUCCUGGGCUUCAGGAGAGCUCCUCUAGUGGUUGGGAGAUACGUCAACUUGCGAACAGAGAUUAAGCCGGUUGCCACGGACCAGCUGCUGAGCACCUUCCUCAUGCAGGGUAACAACACAUGUUUCUAUGGAAAGUGUUACUACUGUCGGGAGAGCGAGCCAGCGUGUGCAGAGGGGGAGAUCAUGGAGGGGUCUUUAACCCUUUGGCUGCCGGACGUCUGGCCGCUGCAGAAACACAGACACCCCUGGGGACGCACGUACCGAGAGGGGAAACUGGCCAGGUGGGAGUACGAUGAGAGUUACUGCGAGGCGGUGAAGAAGAUGCCUCCGUACGAUGCGGGGCCCAGGCUGCUGGACGUCAUCGACACGGCCAUCUUUGAUUACCUGAUCGGGAACGCUGACCGGCAUCACUACGAGAGUUUCCAGGACGACGGCGGCGGCAGCAUGCUCAUCCUGCUCGACAACGCAAAGAGCUUUGGGAACCCAGCUUUGGAUGAGCGAAGCAUCCUUGCUCCGCUCUAUCAGUGCUGCAUGGUCCGUGUUUCGACGUGGAACCGGCUGAACCUGCUGAGGAGUGGAGCUCUGAGCUCAGCGAUGCGCCAGGCGCUGGCCUUCGACCCCAUCGCGCCCAUCCUGGCUGAGCCCCACCUCGCCGCCCUGGACAGGCGUCUGUCGGGCAUCAUAGCAACGGUCAAGCAGUGUAUGGAGACGCAGGGCCCCGACAACACUCUGAUAGAGGACCAGAUUAUCCUCCCACACCCCUAGACAGAAGGGACAGGAGGACACAGCGGGACAGGAGCAGCCAGGAGCCUCAGAGUGAAGGAGCUGGUGGUUUCAGAGGCAGAGAGUGAAGGAUCCUCAGGGCACAACAGAGCCUCUUCUCCCUGGUCCUUUCCAUGUGUUUCACUUUGAUUCGACUGGAGAGGCUCUCUAAAAGGAAUCACUGGACUCAAAGUGGUGUCACCUUAGCUAUAGAAACUUUUUCUCAGGACUGUUGAACACCAUAGGAGGGUAUCCGCUGUGAGAACGCCUUCCUCUGCUACUCCUGCCUCGUGCCAAAUUCUGCCUCCAAGUCCAGCUUCUUUUGCAGGAGUGAACUAAGGAGGGAGCAUGAAACUCAGAGAGAUGGAGACACUAAAAGGAGCAGGAUGGAAUCUGAAAAUGAGCCACCAAAGUCUUGAUGAAACAAACUGUUCAGCCGUGUUGCAGACUGUUAGAAGUUUACAGUCCAAGAAACUGAAAAUUAACUUCCUGUUGAAUUAACAGGAAAUGUCAGAACUGAAAAUGUUUUUAUUGUUUUUUUUCCUCAAAUUGAAACUUUGAUUGGCAGGAACGGAGGAUUCAACCUUCCCCCAUCAUUGUGUACAUAUUUAACUAAGUAGUGACAUAGAAUUAUGAGACAAAAGACUAUACAUUUGGGAAUUAUAAUAUUAAAUGAACUGAGGGUGGGUGGGGGUGUGUGUGAGUUUGCGAGCGUGUAUGUGUGUAUGGAAGAGCGCCAUAUUGUGCCGUAAAUUUAAAAAAAGCUACUGAUAUGACAGACUUGAAGAGAGGGGACAUGGAGGGCUGGGUGUGGGUUCAUCUUCAACAUUAAACUAUGAUCUAUUUAUUA